ACUUCUGAAACCCCAUUUCUGGUUAUUUUCAUUCUGCUGCCGAUUUUGUAACCAAUCUCUCUCAAACUCAGGCUCACGUUUUCUUCAUCUUGAUCCGCUAAUUGGCCGUGCACAGUUGGAUUAAUGAAGUUAAAAGAAUUUCUGGGUUUGGGGACAGGUGAGAUGGUUUCAUGUUUAAAAGUAUGCAAGUAUCAGAAAAACACCGAUCGAAAACAAAGAAAAGCAUUGAUGUUGGAGAAUGGAAAACUUUUACUUGAAAAGUUGAUUGUCACUUGUAAUGGAAAAUCUAAUCCAAUCCGUGGCUUCUCCAUUGAAGAGCUCAAGACGGCAACAAACAACUACGCACAGAAAAAUAUAAUAUCUAUUGGCGGUGGUUAUACAUUGUUUAGGGGAUUUCUGCAGAACCGUCAAGUUUCCAUUAUGAAGUUCCGUGUAAGGGGGCCAUCUAAACACUGCUUAUGGUUAAAUAAUGUUGUAUUCACAUCACAAAUGAGACACAAAAAUAUUUUGAAGUUGAUUGGAUGUUGCUUAGAGACUCAAUUACCCAUCCUGGUUUUUGAUGAUGUCAAGUAUGGGACUUCUCCCUUUUUUGAGCCUUUGCUAUUAAGACAUAGGAUAAAGAUUGCAAUGGAGAUAGCCAAUGCAGUGACAUAUCUUCACAUCGGAUUCUCCAGGCCUAUUGUGUUUAGGGAUAUCAAUUCAUCGCACAUCUUAUUUGAUGAAGACUAUGUUCCCAAACUCUUUAAUUUUUCACUAUCUGAGUUUAUCCCAGAAGGUGAAACUCAUGUAAGAGGUAUCGUUGUAGGAACAUCAGCACAUCUAGCACCUGAGUAUUUAUAUACAGGUGAUUUCAAUGAGAAGUGCGAUGUUUACAAUUAUGGUGUAUUGCUACUUGAGCUUUUGACUGGUAAGAGACUCCAUGAUAUUCUUGCCCAUUUUGAGUUUUGCAGUGUGCAUUCUGUGAAGGAUAGGUUGCAGGAAUAUAUUGACAAUAAUAGGUUCAAUGAGAUAGCAAAUUGUAAAUUUGCUGGAGAUGGUUUAUGCCAUGGAAAUGAACAACAUCUGCAAGCUUUUCUAGAACUGGCCUUCACAUGUCUCUCUGAUUCAGAGGAAGAUAGGCCAAACAUGAUUGAUGUGGCAAAACAACUGAGGCAAAUGCAUCAAUCCAGUUAAUUAUCAGAUUUUUCUUAAUUUCAUGUCAUGUAAUUUA